CCACAUUCGAAACGGACCCGGACUUGUUGGUCGAGACCCCUGUCCGGAUGCCUCCAGCCCGUAAGCCUACCAUGAGUGAGCAAGCUGUCAGCGAUAACUAGCUUGGCAACCCGACCAACACGCAGUCAGAUUUGAGGCCAACUUUCCCAAUCGUGUUUCCACCCGCUAAAACUCUGCUUCUCUUCCUCUGUAUUCAUUGCUACCCAGUCGCUUGUACCUUUAUUCCCAAAGACCGUGCUGCGUUCAUCUCUCUGUUUUGCAUGUGAUAUUCUAUCCCGAGGUAGCUCAACGGGCAACGGGAUCCAGUCGUCUCGCUCGUGGAAAAUCUCAAGAUGCAGUCAAUGCUGGCUCUCAUCGGGCUUGUCCUCGCCUAUUCCAUAUACUCAUAUAUUUCCAAGUUACGAUAUAACACAGCCGAGGCCAAAAGAAGUGGCUUACCCUACAUUGUUGCCCCAUGUUCGCCUAUUUUCCUACCAUGGCAAAUGACACACAAGUUCUGGCUCCCCAUCAUCAGGUCUUUCCCCAAGUCAUGGUGGGAGGAAUGGCUCGACCCACUAAUUCCGGGCUUCUCGUAUCGCACCCGCCAUGAGCGAUUCGCUCGUCACGGAGAUGUAUUCAUAAUCGUCUCUCCGGGCAUGCUUUUUGUCAUGGUCUGUAAUGCCGAAGCCAUCCGCCAGAUCACCUCACGACGAGAGCACUUCCCGAAGCUUACCGAGACUUACGAGAUCCUGCGCCAGUUUGGCGACAAUGUACUGACAUCGGAAGGUGCUGUUUGGCGCAUGCACCGCAAAGUCACGUCUGCCUCGUUCAACGAGAAGAACGCCGCCAUCGUCUUCAAAGAGGCUAUCCGACAAGCCCAAUGCUUGUUAAAGACCUGGACAGGGCCGACAGGCGAGCGGAAAGAGACUAUCAAUUCUCUUGACCGCGAUACCAUGAGACUUGCGCUCAACAUCAUCGCCUACGUUGGAUUCGGUCUUACCCUAUUGUGGCCAGAUGAGAAGUUGCCAGCAGAGGCCAAUCUCAAGUUUGCCAAGUACGGGUCACUAGAGCCUGCUAUUGGUCAUAAACUGAGCUUUGUUGAUACAAUCGCAACAAUGCUGGAAUACAUCCUCAUGCUACUACUAGUACCCCGAUGGGUGUUAAGACUCGUACCAUCCAAGAAGGCUCAGCUUGCAGCAGACUCCCACGAAGACUGGACCAAAUAUAUGCGGGAGCUCCUCGACGAGAAGAUUGAGGAGGCCGGACGUGGAGAUCGUGUAGAGGGGAUGGACUUGAUGGGGCAGUUGGUGAGAUCGAGUUACGGAGCUGGACAGAAGACCGGCGAGGCCGUCCCCAAAGAGGGGACCCUUUCACGAGAAGACAUCCUCGGAAACGCAUUCAUCAUGCUCGUCGCAGGACACGAAACCACGGCCAAUGCUAUGCACUUCAUCCUAAUUGAACUGGCGACCAACCCGGCCUCUCAGCGGAGACUCCACAAGGACAUUGAUGAGAUAUUUGGAGACGCAGACCCAAGCUCAUGGGACUACGAGAGCUUGAUCAACCCGAUGAUGGCCAGCAUGCUAGGGGCAUGCCUGAAUGAGACACUGCGGAUGAUGCCUGCAGUUGUGGAAAUACCCAAAAAGGUAACGCCUGACCAGGACCAGGUCAUUACCGUGGAUGGGCAGAAAUACGUCAUGCCCAGGCGCACCAUGAUAUCCUUAGUUGCCGUAUCUGUCCAUCGAAACCCACGAUAUUGGCCAGCACGGCCAAGCAAGAUCCACACAGACAGGGACGACAUCAACGACUGGGUACCGGAGCGUUGGUUCCGUAACAGUCAAGAUGCCACCAAGUCGCCAGAGAAGGAAGAUGACAGCGCGGAGAUGGAAGACUUUGGCGGGGAUGGGGGGCCAGUGACAAGCGCCCAGCUCUUCCGACCGGAGAGGGGAUCCUACAUUCCAUUCAGUGACGGCCCGCGGUCCUGCCUGGGGCGACGGAUUGCGCAAGUCGAGAUCAUUGUGGCGCUGGCGGUGCUGUUCCGAAGCCACAGCCUGGAACUCGCGGUAGAUGAAUGGUCGAGUGACGACGAGAUUAGCAGCAUGACCCGAGAGGAGAAAGCGAGCGUGUACAAGAUGGCACAGAACAGCAGUCGGGCGAAGAUGGGAAGAGCUAUGUCGGUGUUGACGCUGAAGUUAGAUGGGGAGCAUGUUCCGGUGAGACUGGUCAGGAGGGGUGAAGAGAGGUUUAUCAAUUGGGUGGAGGAGUGAUGGCCGCGCAAAAUGGUGACCUGAGAGACGGCAUAGAGUCGGUGUGUACGGCAAGAUGUAGACUUGGAGUUCUGAUUGGACUAGAGGAAAUGUUAGUCAAAUGACGAUGAUGGGCUAUUUGACCAUGAUGUGUCUUAGAUGUUGACAGAAAUGAGCCAGAGAACAGUGCGAGCUUAUUGGACACUGGGAAGUCAGAAAUGUAAACAAGAGAAUGGACAUAAUGC